AUGAUAUUCUUAGCUUUCUUUUGUUAAUGAAGAUAAUCGGAUAAGUAUCAUUCUUAUCUGUUUCCCACAGAUCUUCUUCUACACGAAAGCUCUAAUCUUUGUGAUUCAAUGUUCGCACCAUUGUAGACAUUUUCUUAAUCGCUUUUGUAGAUCCGUUUCUCUUUCCCUGAUGAGAUAUGGGAAGAGUAUCUGUCAUCAUUUACAUCGCCGUAGCAAUUCUCCUCCUGGUUCUUAUUUCUCACUCUCCGAAUAAAUCUUCGCAAGGCCGUCACCGCCGGCUCAAGCUCCGUUCCAACUUCUCCUUCGUUGCCGGUAUAGGAGACAGGCGCCGUCAUGUUCAUGUUCCGUUCGACCCCCUUGUUGUCGACAUUGAGAUGAGAAGAGAAGAUAAGGAAUGGGAGAAGAUGUAUAUCGAACAUUCCCACCCUGAAUUCGCGCACCAAGCUACUGGUGAUGAUUCUCAACCAGAAUGGGAGGAUUUUAUGAACGCGGAGGAUUAUUUGAAUGAUGAAGGGAAGUUCAAUGUGACAGAAAGGUUGGUUUUGUUGUUCCCUAGGCUGGAUGUUGAUCCUCCAGAUGGAUAUGCUACCGAGCAUGAGCUGACGGAGUGGAUUUUGAAGAAUACGGAGAUGGAAGUGCUGCAUCGAACUCAGAGAGAGAUGGAUCUUCAUGACAAGAAUAAGGAUGGUUUUAUCUCCUUCGCUGAGUAUGAUCCUCCAAGUUGGGUUCGCAAUUCAGACAAUGCUUCUUUUGGGUACGAAAUGGGUUGGUGGAAAGAGGAACAUUUCAAUGCAGCAGAUGCUGAUGGAGAUGGACUCCUGAAUGUAACUGAGUUUAACGACUUUCUUCAUCCAGCUGAUAGCAAUAACGCAAGGCUACUCCACUGGCUAUGCAAGGAAGAGAUAAGGGAAAGAGAUACUACUGACAAAGAUGGGGUGGCGAGUUUUAACGAAUUUUUCAAUGGGUUAUUUGAUAUGUUGAGAAACUAUGAUGAGGAGGAACAUGCUUCUUCAGGAGAAACUGGUGAUAAUGCCAGGGAAGCCCUUGCUUUGAAGCUGUUUAUACAGCUUGACAAUGAUACUGAUGGAUACUUGUCUGAUAAGGAACUGCUACCCGUCAUUCGGAAACUUCAUCCUACAGAGCGUCACUAUUCAAAGCAGCAGGCUGCUUACAUUAUAUCACAGGCUGAUUCAGAUAAAGAUGGGAAGUUAACUCUAACUGAGAUGAUAGAAAACCCAUAUGUGUUCUAUAGUGCUAUCUUCAGCGAAGACGAUGGUGGUCAAGAGGAUUACCACGACGAUGAGUAUCACGAUGAAUUCCGUUAGUCCUUUAGGCCGGAGUCCAGAUAAAAGAAGUUACGAAAAUAUGUUGGUAAGCGCUAAAAGUAUUUCAGUAUAAUAUAAAUCAGAGUCGUUUAAACGUAACAACAAAAAUAUUUAAUAAAUAAUAAUAAUUUUUAAUUUUUCUAACAAAAAUAUCGUCAACACAAACACGAUUAGAGCCCUAGAUUGUUAGGGAUAGCAACACAUAUCAGAAAACAUUAGAUUUAACCAUGGAUAGUGAGUUAGAAGAGUUAUAGAGAUUUAUUUGUAACACAACUUUUCAUUCACCAUUCUAAUUUUGUUUUGAAUGUUUUUGCUAUUUAAUUCAAACAAACAAGUUCUCCA